CCAUGGGCGGAGCCGUUCCCGGGACGUGUGUAGGAGGGUCCGGCCCGGCCCGGCUCGGCUCGGCUCGGCUCGGCUCGGCUCGGCUCUGUGUGAGCGAUGGCAGCACGGCAGCGACCGUUAGGGCCUGGGAACCGCUGCGUAACGGCGGGAGAGGUCGGCCCGGGCUGUCCCAUACAGCCCUAGAGCGGCCCGGCCUGUGCGGCACUAUGUGGCCUUUGUGAAGGGAAAGAAGUGACGGACAUCAGCUGUGGAGAUGCGAGGAAGUCGAUGCGCGAGCGGAGCUGAGGCGCAGCGCUGGGAGAGGCCGCCGGAGAGCGCCGCGGGACUGUGAGCGCUCCUCGUCCUGUGCGGAUAGGAGGUCGUCGUAAGGCAAUCACAAAUUAAGCUUAAAGCACAGCGAGGUGUCCGUAUCUGUAUUAUAGGAGGGAACGGCCGUCCGGGAGAUGAGCGCAGUGUCCCGCGGCGGACGGGCUGACGGAAGCGUGGCGCCUCAGCUGCCCCUCAUGGCGCUGCGAUCCGGAGCCCUCACCGCAACGUGCUGCAGAACCGAGCGGGGUGAGCGAGGGGAAAGACCUGUCUUGCGUUCCGGCGGAAUGGAAGCAAAUGGAGGGAGCGUCUGCGCUGAGCUGGAGAUGAGGGACUGGGCGGUGGAACGGGGUCUGCAUGAGGUUUUGCCUUCUAACUGCGAGCAGUUUAUGCUACGCGUGUCCACAGCAAAUCACCUGUAGGAUUACAUGGUGCUCAGUAAGAGGUUAGUUGAAAGAGCAGAGAUUCUUCUGUUUCACAGUAACUUGAUUGAAAUGUUAAUCUUGCUCACGUGAUUGUCAAUAUGUGUUUCUGCAGCCUGUCUUUGAAGAGCUGAAACAAAAGGUUUAGAGGUAGCAGUAUUCAACCAGUGGAGAAUGGGCAAAUUGAAGCUUUGAGUUGCGAGUAAUCUGCUCGUGGCAGUGCUCAGCUUCCACCCGUGCUGCUCUGCAGGCUGAAUGAAGCACAGCGCCCGAGUGUGUGUAGGGCUGGUGCAGGGGCUGGUGGCUGCAGUGGCUGUGUCAGGUGAGAAAACAGCUUGAGCUUAUGGCACCUGGCCUGAGGAGAAGUGGUGCUUCUAGGACCUCACUGCAGAUUGGGGCCAGAAGCACAGAGCAGCAGGAAGCCAAGGCUGUGGGACGGCAGGUCUCUGUGCUGUGAGGGCAGUGCCUCAAGGACAGCUCUGCUGGGACGGAGCUGCCUCCAGGGGUAGAACAGCCAUUCUUUGGUAAAAGCAGAUUUUCCCAGGGCACAGGCUGCUGCUGCCAAGACGUGUUAUUGAUGGCUGUGCUGACAGCCCAGGCUGCUCAUUUUCUGGCCGUGAUCCAUGCCUGGAAUAUUCUUCUCUUUACUUUCUUCCUAUAGUUUAUUGCAAUAAAAAGGAAAUGCUAUUGAGUAAGAAUAAUUUAUAAUUCCUAUAUUUAUUCAAAUUUAAGUUAGUUUUCUGUCUGCAACAGUGUAUGUCAUUAAAGAUUUCGGAGCGCAUACAUCUUCACUUUGGUUCAGAUUCAGAAGGUAACAUUUACCUACUGAGUUAAAUCCCCAUUUCUUUUCUGUGUGCACACUGGAGCAGCUGCAUUUACAAAUAGGGGGCUUGUAAUCAGAUCUUCAAACAUCCCAUUUUUUUGACACAAGAAGAGUUUGGCUGCUUCCCAAAUGACUGAAUAGCCUGGGGAGACAGCGGUGCAAACCGCCGGUUACAAGGUUAUGUUGUUUUUAUAUAUGAACAUUUUUAUAUAUGAACAUUAGAAACCAAACCCAAAGUCUGAGUUCCCACGUCACCUGCAUCAGUCUGCAGCAUGUUGGUAUCAGACUUCUGUGCUUUCUGCUACUUAACCGAGCAUCAAAGUGAUUCAAAGUGGAUCAAAGUGAAACAAAAACAUAUCAAAAUGCCAAAACCAGACGGUAGAGCAUGAGCUAAAUAUUCUUAGUACAGUUCCUUGUGUGUGCUAAGGUGGAUAUAGGUGAACUUCCUCUGGUCUGGCAAAGGGUUAAUAUUUUCAUGCUAGGGUAAUUUAAGGGUUUGCUCAGUGGGACUCCAUACUUAAUAGGAACUGCAAACAGAGUAAGGUGCGGUACGAGUUGGGUGCUAGGACCUGUGUGUGAAAUGAAUGCUGGAACUGGGCUGGUUCAGAGCCUUGUGCCUGACGGGUGCUGUAGGCUGGGACAGCUGCAGCGGCACCAUCUGCUUUUGGUAGCUCACACCACCUGAGCUGCACUCACAGCUUGUAUGAGGCUGAAUAAGAACCAAGUCUUUAAGAAAAUGUCGCUUUGUAUUGCACAGUAAGAAAUCCACCUUGUCAGCACUCAGUUUGCUUUGGACUGUGGUCAGAAAGGAAUGCAGUGAGGGAACAGACACUGAUGUAGAUACUUGUGAGUGUGCGUGUGUAUGUACAAACAUAAUCUCCAGUGUAGUGAAAGUAGUCUGUGUGAGCCAGCAUCCUGGGCAGCACCACCAUUAAACCAGCCUCUAAUACCUAACGAACCUCUGCGAUUAGGGCUCCAGGCCUUCGCCUGGACAAUAACCCUAGAGUUACCUGGGUGUGGGCAUAUGGUCAGAAGCAGCUCGGUGCUCUCAAAGGGAAGCGAGUGCGUUAAGGAAGAUGCGGAAUGUCGAGCAGUUACGGCAGGGUGCGUUUUAAAACUCUGACAAACAAGGGUUAAGGAUUGAAAAGGGAGCGCCGUGCGUACGCAGCGACACCCGUCGGUUCAGCCGAGGCAGCGCGGCUCGGAGAGAGCACGGAGCCGAUCCCGGAGCCGAGGCGGAGCUGACCCCGAGCUGUGGGAGGGGCCGCGGUGCUGAGCGGGCUGCCGGUGCCGCCGGCUACACGCGGGGCGGUGCGGAGCCUGGUGCGGCUCCUCCCGGGGCUGCGGGGCGGAGCGGGAGGGCCGUGCGCUGCGGGAGCGCUGCUGCCUCUCUCUCGUUGGGAAACCGGACGGACGUUCUCGGACGUGGGAAACUUGCCUUUAUUUCUCCCCUUAAGCAAUGCUGCACCAGUUUGAAGACCUGCUUGCAUAAGGUAUAAAAGAAGAUGGAAAAUGAUGAGCUCUUACACAGUGAACCCAAGGUGGUGGAAGUUACAGCUCAUGCUCCCCCUGAGGUCGGUCGGCGGGUCUCAGUCAGUGAGUUCCUCUGCCAUUGCUGUUACGACAUUCUGGUCAAUCCCACCACCCUGAACUGUGGGCACAGUUUCUGUAGACAUUGCUUGGCCUUGUGGUGGGCGUCCUCCAAGAAGAAUGAAUGUCCGGAAUGCAGAGAAAAGUGGGAAGGAUUCCCCAAAGUCAACAUUCUCCUCAGGGAUGUUAUUGAAAGGCUGUUUUCUGAUGCCAUUGAACAAAGAAAAGAAGAUAUUCAGCAAAACAGUGAUGUAGUGCGCAGCUUAGCAACCUUCCAAAAACAUGGGAAUGACCAGAUUUCUGCAGCUCCAAACACAGGAAGAAUUAAUCCUCGAGGAAGAGGGUUUUUCUCAGGCGUUCUGACAGCUUUAACUUGUGUAGCAGUAGUGCUACUUGGGUAUCACUGGAGCAGCAGAGAAUUUGAAGAUGAUCAUCUUGUCCACAAGGCUGUUGCUAAAUGGACUGCUGAAGAAGUGGCACUUUGGUUAGAGCAGCUGGGCCCGUGGUCUUCUCUUUAUAAAGAAAGAUUUUUGCUGGAGAAAGUGAAUGGAAGGCUCCUUCUAACACUGACAGAGGAGGAUUUCACAAAAGAACCGUACAGUAUAGAGAACAAUAACCAUAGAAAAGUGAUUACAGCAGAAUUGGAACGUGUCAAAACUUUAGGUGUUAAACCACCACAGAACCUAUGGGAAUACAAGGCAGUAAAUCCAGGAAAAUCACUCUUUCUUUUAUAUGCACUCAAGAAUUCUCCAAGACUCAGCAUGUUAUACUUAUAUCUGUUUGAUUAUACUGAAGCUUUCCUACCUUUUAUCCACACCAUUUGUCCUAUGCAAGAAGACCAAUAUGCAGACAUGGUCACAAAAUUCUUAGACCUUAAAGAUCCCACUUGGAAACAGUGGAGAGAAUUCGUUGUGAAGUAUAUAUUUUUGCCGUACCAGUUGGUAGCUGAAUUUGCAUGGGAUUGGCUGGAUGUACACUACUGGACAUCAAGAUUUAUCAUCGUAAAUGCCAUGUUACUCUCUGUUCUGGAAUUAUUCUCCUUUUGGAAGCUCUGGUCAAGAAGAGAAUUGAAAUCCUCCUCAACUAUAAUGGCUACCAGCACAAAGUUCAGCCCGUGCCUUCCAUCACCAGGCAAAGAACAGACUGUAAGCAUGUUCUUGAAGCACCACGUACAUACUGAUACAAAACUGUCCUUUUUUAUGGCAUGGAAAUAUCAUCUGUCUUUGAGCACAGCCACAAACAGCAGAUUCUGGUGAAGGAAAUCUAUAAUUUCUGACUUUCUUAGCUCUUUAGUUUUGAUGGCCAUCUGUAUGGUCCAGCGGAUUUACUACAUGCUGUAAGUCAAGUUCUACUUUAUAGUAUUUGUACCCAGGCCUGUGUUAUGGUUUUGCAAUUUGGUUGGUGUUGGUAUUCCACAUCAGAACACCUUGCCUCAUAAUGGGAGUAAAGGGGACAAGUUUUUUUUUCUGUGGGCUGCCUUAAAUGGGCAUGUGGGGAGGGGCACCGGAGGGGAAGUGAGGAAGGGGACGGGGUUGCUGGCCCGGCUCCCUGUGAGGAGACAACGCAGUUGGAGCUUCCCGCCUCCCACAGCUCCAUUGGUGAGAUUGGGGACUUGGUAUUCUCUUUGUUAAAACUCUCUUGUUGUUGUUUAGCGUUAUUAGGUUAUUAAACUGCCGUUCGUUCUCAGAUCACCUUUUUUCUCCUUCAUUUUUUUGUUAGACCCAAUCGCAAUCUCCCUUCCCUUCCCCUCUCCCGAAACACACGUGGCUGCGCCGCGCCGUGCCGUACAGUGCCGCUAGAGAGAAGGGGGGAACUGUUGUUCCUGCUCCCCCGAGUUUGUUCCCACUGUCCCGGAGUGAGCUCUAGAGAGAACUCCGUGACAGCCUGCUUCUCGUGGAUCUCAGGGCUACUGUUGAUUUUAUACCUCAAUAUGAAGAGAUAAAGUGAUGCAACUCUUCCAUUUAUUUUUGUAAAACAAAUGUUGAAAGCUCUAGCAUAUCACUGGAAGGGUGUUUGACUUGCUUUCUUUAAUAGAUGUUACAUCACCUUGGGUUCCUGCAGUGGCUGCUAUAGUGACCAGGAUGAUGGGAUCAAGUGAACUCUCACCAAGUUUGUGGGCGAUAGCAAAUUGGGGGGAGUGGCUGAUACACUGGAGGGCAGGGCUGCUGUGUAGAUAGACCUGGUCAAACUGGAAAAAUGAGCUGCCAGGGACCUCAUGAAGUUCAGUAGACACAGAGCCCUGAACCUGGGCUGACACAACCCCAUGUGGCAGGACAGGUUGGGAACUGUCUAGAGAGCAGCUUGGUAGAAGACCCAGGGGUCAAAGCGGACAAGUCAGCUGUGUGGCCUUGCAAGCAAAUGUGUGCAGCUGCAUACAGGGCUGAGUACAGCUGGUAGGUUUGGAAGAAAAUCAUUUUUUCUCAUCUUUUUGGCACCCAUGAGAGUAUACUAUAUACUGUCUAUAGUUCUGGACUGGUAGAAACUCAUGUUUGUCUAUUGAAAUGAGAGUAGUGAAGGCCACCAGAGAAGCUGAUGGUGAUGGGUUUGGUUAGCUUUAAAGAUGAUGAUGGCAAGAGGGUUGUAGAAAAGCUAGAGCUUGGUUCUUCCCAGAGGUGAACAAGAGUCAAAUAGUAAUAAGCUGCAAUGUGGAAACUCUAAUCAGUCAAAUAAAUAUAUCUAUUUAUAUCUAAUGAAUAUAUCUAUAGAUGUACAUAGGAAAUACAAAGGAGAAAUAAUAUGUACUGAUUUCAAAGAGACCUGGCACUCUCGUUGUCUGCUUGUAUUGUUUGCAUUGCUUUACCAUCAACAGCAGCACAGUCCUCUUCAUAAAUAACUGAAUUUCUACCUUUAUAAUUUCCUGCUCUGAAAUUCAAUUUCUGUGCAUUUGUCCUUGUUGCCCUUAUUCAAAUAUUCUUCCAGUUCUGUUGUAUUCUUACCGAGAUGGAGGAAAACUGCAGGACUGUGCACAGUAGUAGUCAAGAUGAAGAUAGUCUUUAGGCUACAAGAGACUAUAUAGGCUAUAUCCCAUUGAGAGGGCUGAGAUACAGAUACAUCUAUUAUCACUUUGGGCAACCCUCAGAAGGAAGGUAAGCACAAAGAAGCCCUUGUCUGUUCCAACCUGUAGAAUCAUAAACUCUUCCUGAGUUGUAGGAAAGAAGUGUUCUUAAACCUAGCCUUCUAAUUUUCUACUUCUGUUUGGAAUUCUUUAAUGCCAUAUGAAUAUUUUAACGUUGCAGUAAUUAUUUCUUCUCUCACAAAGAAGAGCUAAACCCUUAUUAGUUUAUGGACCAUGUGCUCCCUAGGAAGGAUUGGUGAGGAACAGAUAAUCAUUGCUUGUUUCCGAGUCAUAUUCAGAAGGGAGGAUCAAGGGGAGACACGCACAAAUAUAAUUAUGUAGCACUUCUAAUUCAUAUUUAUUCCAUACAAUACCAUACUGAGGGGUUUUUUGUUUGGAUUUUCUCUUUCUAAUAGCCACCAAGAAAAAUAAUUUGUCAUGGUUUAAU